GUGAUAAAGAAAAAUUGCUCAAUAAGACAAGAAAGACGGUGAUGAAUGACCUAUAUAGCAAUUUGCUGGGUGAAAAUAAGAAAAACUAUUGAUAUUUUUGAGAAAAAAAAGUUUUUUCAUCUUUGAACGAAGACAAAAUUUCUUUCAUACCGUAAAAAAUAUUAUUCCUACCUAUUUUAAAGUCUUAAAUGAUAAUUUUCAAAAAGGAUGGAUGCCAAAAACUUUGAAAAUGCCUGCAUAUGGAAGCCAACCGGAAUUGACAAAUCAUCAAAUUUUGUGAAAUUCAUGAAUUUAAUAGAAGAAAAAUAUAAAGUGAAACUAGAUAGCUACUGGGAUCUCCAUAAAUGGUCUAUAGAAAAUAUUGAAAACUUCUGGGCAGAAAUAUGGAAUUUUACAGAAAUUAUACAUUCAAGGAAAUAUGACAAAGUGAUAGAUCUUUCUGUUCCAAUGAGUCAAUCUCCAAAAUGGUUUGUUGGAGCUCGACUUAACAUUGCAGAAAAUUAUCUGAGAUACAGAGAUAGUCACAUAGCUUUGAUUGGAAUAGGUGAAGAUCGAGAAGAAAGAAGAAUAACUCAUGCAGAAGUAUAUGAAGAAGUGAAACAGUAUUCAUCAGCCUUUAGAAGAAUCGGCCUAAAGAAAGGAGAUAAAGUGGCAUGUUAUAUGUCCAACAGAGAAGAAGCCAUAUUUUCAAUGCUGGCUGUUGCUAGUAUAGGAGCUGUCUUUAUUGGAAUACUUCCAAUGUUGGGAGCUCAGGCUGCCAUUAAUAGAUUGGAAUUAGUGUCUCCUAAAUAUAUUGUAUCAAUUGAUCAAAUCCGUUACGAAGAAAAAGAUAUUGACAUGCUUUCCAAACUGAAGAAUAUAUCUACAGGUUUGAAAAGCUUGGAAAAAAUUAUAAUUGUCCCGUCCAAGCUAAACUCUACAAAGAAAAAUAUUAGUAAUAUACCUAACAGCUGUUUUUUACAAGAGUUUUUGGAUGCUGGGCGGAAUGCAGAUGGUUCAGUUCCAGACUUAAUUUUUGAGCAAGUGCCUAUGUCACAUCCAGUCUUCAUUAGUUAUACUUCUGGAACUACAGGUUCACCUAAAGCUAUUGUACAUGGAAGUGAGUGUCUUCUUUGUAUUACUAGAGAUAGAUACCUUCAAAGUAGCGUCGAUAGAAAGGGAGUCAUUCUAUCUGCAUCUCCCGCUGGAUGGGCAACAUGGACGAUGGGACUCAGUGCAUUCAUCACAGGACAAACUUCGGUCUUAUAUGAUGGCGUGCCUUACUUUCUUUCUCCAACGCAUUUUUGGGACAUCAUAGAUGAAUAUAAAAUAUCAAUGCUUUUCCUGACUCCCAGCAUAAUAGAUGAAUUAGAGAAGAGGAAUUACGUCCCAACUGAAAAACACAAACUGGACAGCUUAUAUGCAAUUUUUGCUGGUGCUAGUGUUGUAAAACCUCAAAACUAUGAAUUUGUAUAUCAAAAAAUUAAGAAAAAUUUUUUAUUCAUGAGUUUUUAUGGAUCAACAGAAAUGAUGGGGGCCUGUUUAACUUUUAAUCGCACUUUGCUUAUUUACAAAAGCGAAAUGACUUGUCCAGCUUUAGGCGCUGAUGUAAUGUGUGUUAAUGAAGAAGGUUGCUCUAUAGUUGGUGAAGUUGGUGAUCUAGUCAUAACAAAACCAUAUCCAUCAUUGCCACUGGGCUUAUAUGGAGAUGACGAUGGUUCGAGAUAUAGAGAACAAUACUUUUCUAAACAUAAAGAUAAAUUUUCAAUGGGGGAUUUGGCAGUAGUUAAUCCAAAAACUAGAGGAAUCAUUAUUUGUUGUCGAAAUGAUGAAGUUCUUAAUCAAUUCGGUUGUAGAUUUGGAAGUUCAGAAAUUUAUAACGUUGUGAAUCGUCUUCCUGAAGUGCACGACAGCCUUUGCGUAUCUCAGUAUAGUAAAAAUGGUACAGAGAGAGCUGUUUUGUUUUUGAAACUGAAAACUGGCUUCAAAUUCAAUGAUGAAUUAUUGAAGAAAGUUCGCGAAAAAGUAGAAGAGGAGUUGACAGAUGAACACAUUCCAGGGCUUAUCAUGGAGGUUCAAGAUAUACCAUACAAUAUAACUGGAAAGAAAAUGGAAAUUUUGGUGAAAAAGAUACUGAACAAUAUGCCGUACAAUACUGAUGUGGUAAAAAACAAGGAUUCCAUACAGCAUUAUUUGAAUGUGCCACCGUUUGAAGAAUAAAAUCCAUACAUUCUUCUUUAAUUUAAGGUUUCACUCAUAUAAAUGAAAUAUUAAAAUAUUUUCUUAUGUAAAAAGGAAUUCUUGACUGUAUUUUACGAUAAAUAUAUUUUUAUUGGUAUAUUGCUUCCAAAAAUAGAAGAAGAUUCCAUUUUUUAAAAUGAAAAAAGAAUAAAACGUAUUUUUUUUAUCCGUAAAAAUAAAUUGCCUU